AUCAAAACAAACCCAGCGGACGAAGUGGAUCAGGGAAGGAAACGCCGCGGCCGCCUGCCUGUCCGCCCGCUAGCCCGGGGUCCCGACCAUGCCGACUGCUCCUGGCAGCUGCGACCUGCUACCGAGGAUGAAGACAUCGGCGGCUCCUGGAUGGGUCUGGCCUGAGAUUUAGACGUUUACCGUUCUUGCCGCAAGACCCCUGUUGUUGACUUCCCGUUGCCGGGGAGAGGGACGUGGGUAGCUGGUCGUUUUGCCCCUGUUGGCGGUGCCCACUCUCAGACUCGGUCAUGCCACAGCCCAAUGCGCGUGGGAUGGAGCCUGCAUUCGCCGAUGCUUUCAGAAACACCAGCUCAUGUAACUCCACCGAUCACACUGCAGCCAGCCCUGACUCCAGCCCUGACUCCUGCUUCCUGUAUGAACAGGGGCGGCGCUUGGCCUACACCGCCAGCUCCAGGAAUGACCUGCUGAGCCUGAGCCUGUACCAGACCCCCAUGAGGGAGAAGAUCGACCUGCUGAGCGACCUCGUGGACGACGAGCCCGCCGACAGCGGCCACGGCGAGCGCUGGGACGUGGCGGCCCUGGACGACUUCACCAGGUUCGCCAAGGCCGACCUCUGGAGCACCAAGGAGAUGGACCUUCUGGGCUUGGACCAGAGUGCAAGUCCUUACCAGAACGAGGCCAGGCUUUCUCAGACGCCCACGCUGGCCGAACUCAAUGCCGUGGACUCCCAGCCCGUGCCUGACUCCUGGUGCCUCCUACGGACUGGUCGGGAGGAUUCCCCGUUUUCUGGUAGACCUGAAGUCGCCGGUAGAACCAUGGAGUCCUCCAGAAAGCCCAACGCAAUGGACUCCUUACAGUCGGAAGGUGUUGUAUUCCUCCAGAGAAGGGAACAGCAACUGGCCAACUUGAAGACCACCAUGCCCAAGGACAAUGAGCCAUGUCCCGUACAUCCUGAAGCCCCCCCCACAUCUGAGGACCGCGCCCUUGGUGACCGACCGCCCCGUCCCAGCCACCCGUCUGUCGCCGUGCCGGGUCAGGAAGAAGGGACAGCCGGUGACCGAGUGGGACCGAGACCCUGGAGACAGCCCGAGGGUUCGGUGGAGGCGGGCAGCGUAGCCCUGGAGGAUUGCAGGCGGGACGAGGGAGAUGGGCGGAGGUACCGGACCCCGUCCCCCGCCUGGCGAGAGAGCGGGGAGCCCAGGCCGGAUGCGGGGGGGGAGGUGAACUACGACGAGCACAACUACUCCUUGUUCAGCGUGGAGGGGCUGGGCCUGCAGCCGGACGACGGGAGGUCCGAGCUGGAGGACGGCUCCGACACUGACCAGGACGGCAGUCAGAACGAAGACGAGGAGGGCGAAGACUAUGACGAAGAUAAAGACGACUUCAGUGACUAUCUCUCCGACGCAGGAAAUGAGCUGGAGGUUUGUGCCGACGUUGCCUUGGACAUGGGCGGGAGGAGACUGAAGCGCCGUUACUUCUGGGAGUACAGUGACAGCCACUCCACGCCCAGCAAACAGGAACGUAUCCUGCAGCCCUCCGAAUGGGACUCCUCCACAUUGCCCAGUAACGUGUACCUGAAGGAGAACGGGGUCGGGCAAGGACGGAGAAUGGGGAAGAAAUCUCGUCGCACGGACGUCGAUGACUUGACCCCCAACCCCCGCAAGCUGCUCUACAUCGGCGACGAGCUGAAGAAGCUCAACAAGGUGAUCGAGGAGCUGAGGCCCGUGAGUGAACUGCCCCUCAACGUCCGGCCUCGCUCCAGGAAGGAGAAGAAUAAACUGGCCUCCAGGGCCUGCAGGUUAAAGAAGAAAGCACAGCACGAGGCCAACAAAAUCAAACUGUGGGGGCUGAACAUUGAGCAUGACAAUUUGCUGCAGGUUAUUGUUGCGAUCAAGAAUCAGAUAAUGCGGCGGGUGGAGCAGCGCAGAGGCGGGACGCAGGAGGAGAGCAUGGCGGGGAAGCUGCAGGCACUGCUGCACAGCACAGUGGGGCGCUCUGUGGCGGGACACGCGUCGGAGUUCGUGAGCGAGGUGCUGGAGAAGGUGUCGGUGGGAGAGGCGGAGGGCAACCUGAGCUGGCGCCUGUCACCCUGGACCUGACCUCUCUGCCUUGGACUCACAACGCGCGGACAGGGGAUGGGACUAUUGCCAGCCCCCUCCCUCUCCCCACCGCCAACGUACCCGCUGACUGUCUCUCACCCGCUGGGUAGGAGAGGUGGAGGUUUGUUUGGCAUUUUCCCCCACCUCCCCAAUUCAUCAUCCCUCCCUCCUCUCCCUUCCCCUCUUUCCCCCCAUGCCCUCAUCACACUCCCUUUCUCCCUACCACUCCUCUCUCUCUCUCUCCCUCCCCUCCUCCCUACCUCUCCACUCCUCCCUUCCAGUUCCUCUGUUGUCCCGUCCAGAAGGGGUUGAGCAGACCAGCGGAGAGCUCUCGGGAUGGGACGGUCAACGUUACAUCUGAACACAUUGUAGACGAUGCCUCUGCCAACUCUUCCAAUGGUCUGGGUACAUCUGGUUGUCCCGAAGCAACGAUGGGUGUGUGUCUGCACACUGGUCCCUCUCUCACGCACGUUGCUGAAUAUUCUCCUGGGACGACGUUACUUCUGGAAUAUUCCAACUCCGGCGGGAAGAAACUUUCCAAGAUGCCUCGACUCUCUCCGGUCGUUCUUUCCCCAACUUGUUAUCUUUUAAUUUAUUUCCCGAUGCUUUCGGUGAGAGCGUUUUUUUGUUGUUGAUUUUUUUAAAAUGUUGCUUUAAAUGAACUCCCUCGCUGAUCCCGUCGGAGAGAACGCGGGGCGGGAUUUUAGGGGGUGGGGGAGAAAAGGGAAGUGACCAGAUUUGUGGAGGGUGAGGCAGGGUGGGGUCUGCACUGUCCAAACCCCAGAGGGUUAAUGUCAAAGAUGGGCAGAGUUUGAGGGUGGGGAUUUAUACAGUGAGCACUGUGAACUGUGCAGCACCACUGGUGUCACGGUUGAUCCCUGAUUUGUUGUUUUAUAUUUGAGCACUUUAAUUUUGUAGCAGAAGGAUUCGCUGUCACAGGUGAUGGGU